AUGUCCAAAGCGAACGUGCUGCUAGUAGGCUGCGGUGGAAUCGGGACCAUCGCUGCCCUGAAUUUGCAAAUCGGGCAAAAGGCUACAGUGACUGCUGUGCUGCGGUCGAACUACGACCAUGUCAAAAACCAUGGAUUCCACAUCAGAUCAGUCGACCAUGGAAUAGUAGAGGGGUUUCGCCCCGACACCAUUAUCAAAUCCAUCCCGGACGUCGCUAAAGAAGGCAUCCAACCCUACAAAUAUAUUAUCUGCACAACAAAAAACGUCCCCGAUAACCCACCAACCCUACUAGACUUGAUCAAACCCGCCGUCACGCCGGGAUACUCCGUGAUAGUACUGAUUCAGAACGGACUCAACAUCGAAAAGCCAAUCGUGGCGGCCUUCCCCACGAACGUGGUCCUUUCAGGCGUCAGCUUCUGCGGCUCGCACCAGGUCCAGCUGGGGAAGAUCGUCCACGAAGACAACGACGACGUCGCUAUUGGGCCCUUUGAUAACCCUGCUCUGGACCCUGCCCUGCAGGAGCAAGCUGCGCGAGAAUUCGUCGAGAUCUACGGCGCAGGCGGGAAAUGCCAGCCAGAGUAUAACCCGAACGUGGGCUGGGCUCGCUGGCGGAAGCUGCUGUACAACGCGUGUUUGAAUUCCAUCUGCGCCGUUACCGACUUGGAUACGGGGCGCAUUCAGCUGGCGGAUGCCGUUGUCGACGGCUUGGUUCGUCCGGCGAUGGAGGAGAUUCGGGCUGGAGGCAAAGCCUGUGGGCAUGAUUUACCAGCGGAUCUGGUCGAUAAGAUGAUCACGAUGGAUCCGAUCACGAUGUACAAUCCGCCGAGUAUGCAGGUGGAUUUGAGGAAGGGGCGGUAUUGCGAGUAUGAGAAUAUUGUCGGCGAGCCCAUGAGAGAGGGCAUCAAACAUGGCGUUCCAAUGCCUACGUUGACGGUUCUUUACAAUGUCCUUCGGGCGAUCCAAUGGCGUACGAAGGAGAGAAAUGGCCUGAUUUCGAUCCCGGAUCCAGUAGACCACACUGCUACUAGUAACUAG